AUCGCGCUAAGCGAAACCGCGUUAAGCGGGGUAUUACUGUAUUUAAUUACAUUGUUGUAGUCGCAGAAUCACAAAAAAAGGGAAAAAAGAAAAGGGCAUUUAAAGAGGUUGCAAUGAAAGUCAAACCCAAGAACAUGAACAAGAACAAGAACAUGAACAAGAACAUGAACAAGAACAUGAACAAGAACAAGAACAUGAACAAGAACAAGAACAUGAGGAAGACGACUAAGGUGGUUGGUAAUGGCAAUCAUAAAUCCCAAGAAAAUGUUUCAUCGAUGUCUCGUGUAAAAGUUCCUGGAGACAAUGUACUAAAGACUUCUAUGAAAAGACAGUUAAAGAAAGACUCUGAAAGUCCAUCAAGUCCAUCUAAAAUGGAGAAUAAAAAGCAAAGGAGUAAUUCUGAAAAAGUUGUGAGUGUGGAAGAUGAGGACCUUGAAGUAGAAUCACAAAAAAAGGGAAAAAUGAAAAGGGCAUUUAAAGAGGUUGCAAUGAAAGUCGAACCCAAGAACAUGAACAAGAACAAGAACAUGAACAAGAACAAGAACAUGAACAUGAACAAGAACAAGAACAUGAACAUGAACAAGAAGAAGAAGACUAAGGUGGCUGGUAAUGGCAAUCAUAAAUCCCAAGAAAAUGUUUCAUCGAUGUCUCCUGUAAAAGUUCCUGCAGACAAUGUACUAAAGACUUCUAUGAAAAGACAGUUAAAGAAAGACUCUGAAAGUCCAUCAAGUCCAUCUAAAAUGGAGAAUAAAAAGCAAAGGAGUAAUUCUGAAAAAGUUGUGAGUGUGGAAGAUGAGGACCUUGAAGUAGAGUGUCAAAACUGGACUAUGGAGGAGGAACUAGAGCUGCUGGAGAAGAUGAAGGCUCUCGCACCCAAGAAGGACACCAAGAAUUGUCGGGUCAGAUUGAAAAAUUUUAAUUGGGAUGAAGUGGCAUUUGGUGACCACUCUGGAGAGAAUUGCAAGAAGCGAUUCAUGGAGAUUUACUCUCGUAUCAGUUCCAUGAAGACACUUGCGACAAUUAUAAAAGAGGCAGAAGAAAAAGUGUCGUCCUUCGCCUCGAGAAAGAAAGAGAUUAGACAACCCAUAAGUCGUUUCUCUAAAGACUUUUUAAGUAAAUCCUCUGUGAAGGGGGUAAGUUUUUAUAUUGCAUAAUUAUUAUUUACUGUA